GUAUGCACGGCAUAAAGUUUUCAGGUAUUGCUCAGAGCACCGUAAUAAGCGCAAUGACGAAGGCCACAAACUGACUUCACUCUUUUCGCAAAGAUAUACGAAGACUAUUUAACAACGAUGAGGAUAGUCCUGCUUACUGCCUUUACCUACUACAAUGUUGCUUGCUUCGCACCUGUACAUGGUAAAGCAACUUCUUCCCACCGCUGCUCGAUGAUGCCAGCAGAGGAUGGUGACUGUGAUAGUGAAACUGAUAAGUGGUACUAUAAUAAAAAUGAAGGAAAGUGUGUAAUUUUAUGUACGGAGAUUGUCCAAGAGCAAAUAACAUAUUUGGCAGCGCAGAAGAGUGCGAAAAGGAAUGCAUGAAGGGAGGAGGGAAAGAAGUGAAAAAUGAGUCGAGCGAAGAAAAUCCGCGUGGAGGUGGAAGACGUCAUGAUGAAGGGUCAGAAGAAACGAGCCGAGAAUUUCGUAAAGGACACGGGCGUGGCACGAAGCCUGGUCGUUCUGAAACGCAGCACAAGAAACAACGUAGACCAAGUAGACCAAUCAAACAAAAGCCCACCUCUGUAGGGAAACAGCGACCAACACGUGGUUCCGAAGAAAACGAGGCGGGCACUAGCAGUGAAAGCGAGAAAGGACAUGGCGGCACCCAACGGCCGACAAAGUCUGGUGGACAGCACCACCCAAAACGUAGACCAACAAAACCAACGAAGGGGAGACCCGGAGGUGGAACAAAACUUCGGGCACCUUCGUCACCAGGUCAUAGCCUGAAAGGAACUUGCGGAGCACGACCAAGGAGAGGAAAGUGCGAAGAAAACAGCGGCAUGUGGUACAACGAUGCCGAUUUCUACACUUGCUCUCGUGUGCGUGAAGGGAUGUGUCCAACUGGCGGUUCGUUCUUUGAAAGCUGUGAAGACUGCAUGCGAAAAUGUCGAAGGCAUAUGCUCAAAACGUGCGCGUACAAGACUUGAACGUGCAACCUGGCCAAGAUUUCUGCACUUAUGCAGUUUGAAAUAGU